AUGGCAGAUCGACGAGGUGUUGUGGUACCCUUGAUAAUCCUCGCCUGGAUUAUCCUCAGCCCUGAACCCGCCAGAAACCCAGCGGCGCGAUUCGAUGACCGGCCUUCGCUGGACGAUGUGAUAGCUGAAGAACAGCGAUCGCUAUCGGUGGUGCAAAACUCAAGAUGGGACGCAACAUACGGUAGCUCAGGGCAUACGCUGAACCUCACGGGGUUCCAGCCGGAGAGAGGGUACGCUUGGGACUCACUCGCCGGAGUCAAGAGACGAGCUCGCGAGCAGUUGGAGUACGCGCUGGGAGAUUGGGGGAUUGGGGCGCUGGAUGGAAAGAAGGAUGAGCCUAGCCCAACGCCUCUAUACAGCAAUGCGACUGGAUACGUGCGUGGGAAGUGGAAGAGGUCAAAGCUGCAGGAAGACACUCCAACACCGCAGUUGAAUCUCACGGAGUUUGCGCCGCCCGGCCCCUUUGGCCAGCCUGGCAUCCCUCGGCGGUUCGAAAGAAACAUUACGGGGGACAAUGGAGAUAUCACAAUCAGAUUCAACGAGAAGGACCUGGCUAGUCCCGGUCCCAGGAGCAGACAGGAUAACAAUAAUGUCACUGAGAUGAGCGUGGAGAUGAAAAUCACAGACUCGCAAUCUUACGACGAGUGGGAGACGCAGCUGCGAGGAGUUUACUUUUUCGACAUUGGACAAGCCAUACUUACAACGACAAGCGACAAAUUCGCCGGCAUCUUCACACUGCCGCAUUUCGCCCUAUCAGAGACGACUUUCGAAGAGGCAAAAAUCCUACUGAACGAGUCUAUCUCAAACGUGAUUCAGCGGCAAGCAGACCGCAGAACAGAGCUACGUAAUCCAUGGACGACAAGAGCGGAAGGGACAGGUGACAUGCGAUUUUCAGGACCAGAAUGCGAACUGGUCCUGUACUUGCAACAGUUGGCACCCGUGGCGAGCACUCAAUUCUCUUCCGCCUUCAUCAGCUUCCUUGAGAGUGAGCUACGCUUCCCGACUGGUGCAGUUGUUCCAAGUGCUCCAGACUUGCGGUUCUCGAUGCUGGCAUUCUCUCCGGACUGUGGCUACGUGCUUGAAUCGAAAGGCCCACCAGACGACUUCGCGCAAGACAAUGAUCACCUGACGGGACCGAAGAUGGAGGUGCAGUAUCUCCACAGUCGACAUCAUCUUAUGCUGUUCACACUGGCACUGGGACUCCAGCUGUUCUUGCUGAUGCGCCAAAUGCGUGAAGCAAGUACACCUUCUACACGAAGCCGGAUCAGCUUUUACACCAUUGCCAUCCUGGCUCUUGGAGACGGAUUCACCACAAUGACGUUCUUACUGAUCAGUCUGUUCCUCACUGGAUUGUGGGUCAACCUGGUAGGCACUGGAUUUCUGGCCUUCAUCAGCGUUUCAUUCUUUGGUAUGAGAUUUCUGAUGGAUAUCUGGCACGUCCAAGCACCUGAGCGUGAGAGAAGAGCAAGAGCAGAGGUUGAAGAGGAGAUCAGAAGAGAACAGGCAUUCAAUGCAGCGUUGCAACGAAUCCGCGCUGAGAGAGACGCUGCACGACAGCCUGCCGAAACAAACGGAAAUGCACUAAAUCCUGCGAAUCCAGUCUCGAAUACGACGACUACGACUCCGACCGAGUCAACUCCAACUCCGGCUCCUCAAUCCACUACACAGCCCAAUGUUGAAGGCUUGCCAAUACCAGUCACCGCACCGAGACCCGUCGAUACAGUGGCGACGCCUGUGUUCAUGCCAUCUAAUCAAGACGGUCUCGAACCAGUGGCACAGCCGACCGCGGCGAACCAGACGAACACCAACGCGGCAGUGGCAGCGAGAAUGCCUAGCUUUGCUUCGUUGUACACUCGCUUUUACCUGCUCUUGCUGGCCACUCUGUUCUUGAGUCUCAACGCUACAUCUUGGCCAGCGCCCGCCAGACGCAUAUUCUUUACCUUCUUGGGACUGCUUUACUUGAGCUUCUGGAUACCCCAAGUUCACAGAAAUGUCCAGAGGAAUUGUCGCCACGCUCUCAAUUGGGAAUUCGUUCUUGGACAGAGCUUACUGCGGCUGACUCCAUUUGCAUAUUUCUACGGCUACAAGCACAAUGUUCUAUUCGCGGAUGUGGACUUCGUUGGGCUGAGUCUGCUAGCAGUGUGGGUUUGGGUCCAAGUCGUCGUGCUGGUCUCACAGGAGAUCAUAGGACCAAGAUGGUUCAUCCGAAAAACCUGGGCCCCACCAGCCUACGACUAUCAUCCCAUCUUACGUGAGGACGAAGAAGGCGCUACAAUGCCCAUCGGCUUCUCGCAAGCAGCAGCGGAUGGUUCUGCGCCAGCAUCGCCUAUUCAAGAGCGAACACCCACGUCACCCGCAGCAAGACGAGCCUCAGUCGCGAAAGAUGCCAAGGAGAAAGGCAAACGAGUCUUUGAUUGUGCCAUCUGCAUGCAAGAUUUGGAAGUGCCCGUCGUUGAAGCCGGCGCAUCCAGCGAUGCAGGUCUCGCUGGUGGGCUGCUUGCUCGUCGAACAUACAUGGUGACGCCUUGUCGACAUAUCUUCCACAGCAGCUGUUUGGAAGGCUGGAUGAAGUAUCGACUGCAAUGUCCAAUAUGCAGAGAGACGCUGCCGCCUUUGUAG